UCUCCAAACACCGGAAGCUUCUCAUCCAAAGUGGGAGCUAAGGAGAGACAGAGGGAGAAAAAGGGAAAGGCUACUUUCAUUUAAUAGUGUUGAAGGAAUGGCAUGUAGGCACAUUUCUUCUUUGCAUUUUCUUGUCAUUAUUUGAAAUAAUGGAAUAGGUCCUACGUCUUCACGUUUACGAAUUGCGCGUGCAACAGUCGUAUCGUCAUCGGACGACCACUAGACAAAGCAGUCGUUUAUCGUUGCUCUUGUCGGAGUACUUUUUUAGAGGUCUUGUGAAACGCUGGUAGUUUUCGCGUUGACUGCCCUUGGUUUCGGGUCUCGUUUUCUUGUGCGAAUGAUUUAACGUAGUUGUGGCUGACUUUGCUUGAGUUCUAUUAUGGAGUUACCGUCCACAGAAAAUAAAUGUUUCACAGAGAGUAACCUGAACUCGGCGAAUAGGCGUAGACAAGGAGUCAUGCCGACAAUACACACCACUACUAUCCUGUUUCUUAUUUUCACCAAAGUUCUCACUGUUCACGCCGCCUCCUUCCACUUCACCAAGGAGCCCAAGUCCCAGGAUGCCUUGCACGGCCGGAGUGCCAUGUUACGCUGCGAGGUCAGCGAUGCAGAGGGCGUGAGUUACAGCUGGCUGCAAAACGGCGAUGCAGUGAACGACACAGAGCGCCGCUUUCGGGAGGGCGGCAACCUCAAGUUCACCGCUGUGGACCGCGUGCUGGACGCCGGGACCUUCCAGUGCCUGGCCACCAACAAUGCCACAGGAGAAGAGGAGCGCUCCACGGAGGCGUCCUUCAACAUUAAAUGGCUAGAGAGUGGUGGGGUGACCCUGAAGGAUCCUGCAUCAGAGCAGGACAUCGAGAGCUCUGCCCCUGUGACGUUCAGGUGCAACAUUGAUGGACACCCACGACCAACAUGUCACUGGUACAGAGACGGCGUGCGCCUGCCGGAGAAGAGCCAUCAGAUCAACAACAAGGAGCGAACUCUGACCCUGCCCAGUGCCAGCCCAGACAACAAUGGCCUCUACUAUUGCUGUGCCAAAAAUCCAGCCGGGCACGUGUGCAGCAAUGCCAACUUCACCCUCAAUAUCAUAGAUAAGAGUUUCCCUCGUCCCGUGGUGGUUCCUGAGGACUUGGUGGUGAUGAGGAACGAGGAGGCCCUCCUUAACUGCCUGUUCACUGCCGAGCCCCCUCCCACCCAAGAGUGGUACCACCAGGACGAGCUCGUCACCAACAAGUCCCGGUUGGUGAUGUUGAACAAUGGCUCCCUGCUCAUCACCCAGGUGAAACCCAGAAACACUGGGCUCUACAAAUGUGUGGCCAAAGGGCCCCGCGGACUCCCUGUCACUCUGGAGGCCACCGUGAACCUAGCAGAAAUUGAGGAGAUGGGCCCCAGCCAGAGCCGGGUCUUCUCGGCCAACUCCCUGGAGCGGGUAUCCUGCCGCCCCCCUCGCGGCCACCCGGAACCCGAUGUGUGGUGGGAGUGGGGCGGGGAACGCGUUCCCUCAGAGGGCAGGGUCUACCAGGACGGACUGGAGCUGGUCUUCAGCCCCACCCAGGGGGAAGACUCAGGAUUGUAUACCUGCGUGGGCCAGAACAAGGCUGGUACCAGGAGGCAGGAGCUGACUGUCACCGUGGCCACCCCUCCGGAGUGGGUGACAAAGCCAGAGGACAGCCAGCUUGAGGAGGGCCUCCCUGGGUACCUGCAUUGCCACACCCGUGCCACGCCCCAGCCCGAGGUUACCUGGUACCGCAACUUCAUCCCCAUCACCACCGAGGACAUUCGCUUUAAGCUGUACCCCAAUGGGACCCUGAGGAUCAACAGUGUAGAGGUGUAUGAUAACCACUUGUACAUGUGUCGGAGCCAGACGGAGGCCGGGAGGGUGGAGGGCCGGGCCCGGGUCUUCGUACUUGAGAAGCUGAAGUUCACCCCCACCCCCCAGCCCUCCCAGUGUCUGGAGUUGGACAAGGAGAGCACUGUGCAGUGCUCUGCCAAGGGCCGCGAGACCCCCACCAUUCAGUGGACCAAAGCAGAUGGCAGUGAGCUGCCGGAGCAUGUAGUCCAGACCGGCGGCGUGCUCCACUUCGCAAAGGUGACGAGGGACGACGCGGGCAACUACACCUGCCUGGCAUCCAACAGCCCGCAGGGCCAGAUCACAGCCGCCGUGCAGCUCACCGUAGCAGUGUAUAUAACAUUUAAUAUGGAACCGGAGCACACCACUGUUUACCAGGGCCACACAGCCAUUCUGCACUGCCAGGCCACCGGCGACCCCCAGCCCUUUAUCCAGUGGAAGAAGAAAGACAAGUUCCUGGAGCCUCGCAAGAGCAGGUUUCAGAAGAUGCCCAACGGCUCUCUGGUCAUCCACGACGUGAGUGUGGAGGACACGGGAAGCUUCACAUGCAUCGCUGGCAACAGCUGCAAUAUCGGCCACACAUCGGCAGAGCUCUAUGUCGUAGAGAAGCCCGUGCACCACUCGUUGGAGGAGGACGAAAAGGCGCCCUACAAGAUGAUCCAGACAAUCGGCCUAUCGGUGGGCGCCGCCGUGGCCUACAUCAUCAUCGUCCUGGGCCUGAUGUUCUACUGCAAGAAGAGACGCAACGCCAAGAGACUAAAGGGCCCAGAGGGAGAGGAGGCCGAGACAGAGCACCUCAACGGGGGCACGGUGCAGACCAACGGGCAGGCCACCGCUGAGAUCCAGGAGGAGGUGGCACUGACCAACAUGGGCACCACGGCCAGCAGCGCCAAUAACAAGCGCCACAGCAGCCACGACAAAGGGCCCUACCCCCGCGCCAACUUGACCACCAUCACCACUCUGGGGAAAGGUGAGUUUGGCGAGGUGUUCCUGGCCAAAGCCAAGGGCAUCAUGUCGGCAGGAGGAAGAGGCAGUGAAGAUGAGGAGGAGACAGUGGUGCUGGUGAAGAGUCUGCAGACGCGGGACGAGACCCUGCAGCUGGAGUUCCGCCGCGAGAUCGAGAUGUUCGGCAAGCUGGGCCACCCCAACCUGGUGCGCCUACUGGGCAUGUGCAGAGAAGCCGAGCCCCACUACCUCAUACUGGAGUACGCUGAAUUGGGGGACCUGAAGCAAUACCUCAAGAUGUCCAAGAACAAGGAGGAGAAACCCAAGUCCCAUCACCUCAGCACCAAGCAGAAGGUGGGGGUGUGUCUGCAGGUUGCCCGGGGGAUGGAGCAUCUAUCCAAUCAGCGCUUCGUCCACAAGGACCUAGCCACCCGCAACUGUCUGAUCAGUGCCAAGAGACAGGUCAAGGUGUCUGCACUGGGGCUCAGCAAGGAUGUCUACAACGAUGAGUACUAUCACUACCGGCAGGCGUGGAUCCCUCUGCGCUGGCUGCCCAGCGAGGCCGUGUUUGAGGACGACUACUCCACCAAGACGGAUGUGUGGUCCUUCGGCGUGCUCAUGUGGGAGGUGUUUAGCCUGGGGGAGCUGCCGCACGCUGCGCUCGACCACGACAAGGUCCUCGAAGAGCUGAGGGAGGGCCGGGGGAAGCUGCCCCUGCCCCAGGGCUGUCCUUCUCGGGUGUACAAGCUGAUGACUCGCUGCUGGGCCUCCAGCCCCAAGGACCGUGCCUGCUUUAAUGACAUCGUCUCUGCCCUCAGCGAACUGCCCUCCGAGAGCAAGGUGUAACACACACGGCCCAGGUGCACAGUUUGUGUGUAAGGGUAUGAAUGUGUUAUCAAUGGGGGGAGGUGACGUGUGUGUGUGUGUGUGUGUGUGUGUGUGAGAGAGCGGUCGUGUACAAAUGUGUACGUGAGGUACGUAUACACGUUGUUGUUGUUGUUGUGCAUGCAUGUAUUGGCCUUUUGAGUUUGUGUGUCUAGCACUCCAGGACUAUCCUACUCUGCCUGGUUGGCCUCUAGUUAGCGUCUACAAGAGCAGAACGAGACUCUUAACAACUAGGAAAUUUGGUCGCAAAUGAGGACCCAGCCGAGAAGAGAUCAACAUCCAAUGAGCUUCUCCUUCUCUAUGGAUUAAAAUGACUAUUUUUUACAAUGAGGACUUCUAUUCUGCCUUAGCAGGUCAAAUGCUGUCUAUAACAUUUUAAUCUAGAAACUAAUGACAGUUAACACGGUUUUCACCCCAAUUGAAUCUUUUCUGUUACUCAUGUUUGCAAAUGGACAAGACAAAAGGGACAUUUUCUUCCCAGAGCCAAACGGGACAUGAAGGUACAACCUCUUCGGGAGUAAAAAUCGAAUGUCUCUCACCCCGUUAGAUAUGAUCAAAACGAGGUAAAGGGCCAGCGGUGGCAUUAUUGAACUUGUGGAGUUUAGCUGGAGUGUGGAUGGAAUCACCGCUCACAACCCUAGUUUUCCUUGCCUUGAAGGUAAAUCUUUGGUUGGUUUUAAAGUAUAGUCGUGGUAGUAUAUGGACCCUGAAUUAGCUUCAACAUGCUGUUUUGGAGUUAAGGUAACUGAUCUAAGUUGUAGCAUUAUAGGCUAGCUAUUUUAUAAAGGCCAUCCUGUCAUGAACAGUUUUGUACUCCUAUCAAAGAUGUCUGAAUGUUACUGCUCCAUUUGCCCAUCAAUCAUCCAAUCCUAUCACGACCAGAGCUUUUCCAAUCAGAGUGGGAGAAACCUUUCUUCGUAGACAUUCGUCUAAAAGUGCUUUGUAUACAUGCUUAAAACAUGCACUGAUCACAACUAUACAUUUUUGUUUUCUAGAAGGAUUGUUUCGGAGACCUGUUAACUUAUUUUAAAGGUCCUGUUUUGUAUUUUUUCACUGUAUAGAAAGGUACUAAGCUUCUUUGAUAUAAUUUUUUUAUGUGCGAGGCAUUUUAUGAUGUGUAAUAGUUUGUCCAUUUUCCUUUUGCCCCCCCAAAAUUGAAUUAAGGUUCACCUGAAUUGAAAAAAAAUGCCUGGCAAAUGAAGGACUCUGCAUCAGAUUGCUGUCUUGCUAUUGUUUUUAUAUUUACUUUCUUGCUUUUGUUUUAAUAUUUACUUUUUUACGUGAACAUUUUUAUACAUUGCAGUUUUCUAUUUUAAGUAUGUUUAUACAAACGCAUAUUAGCCAUGGCAUAUACAUGGCGCUGGUCCAAUAAAAUGUUGUAAAUGUACCUUU